AAGCGGAAGUUUGUCUGGGGGUGUGUUGGCGGGAUCAGGAAGUUGGCUGUUGAAUUCCAGAGAGCGGCUGUUGAGUGCGAUUGACUAACUGACAAGUUGGUUCGCUGAAGACUUCACAUUUUAGUUUGCAAAAAUGUCAUCAACCUCUCAAAAACACAAGGAAUUUGUGGCAGAGCCAAUGGGAGAAAAGGCUGUAAUGGCUCUGGCAGGAAUUGGAGAAGUUCUGGGAAAGAGGCUAGAAGAGAAAGGCUUUGAUAAGGCUUACGUGGUGCUUGGGCAGUUUCUGGUACUAAAAAAAGAUGAAGACUUCUUCAGAGAAUGGCUGAAGGACACAUGUGGUGCUAAUGCCAAACAGCAGUUUGACUGCUAUAGUUGCCUAAAAGAAUGGUGCGACUCAUUCUUGUAAAAUGAAAGCAAGGAAAAUGAUGAAGGAAAAUGUUCCUCUUUUUCCUUAUGUUAUGUACACUGAUAAGCUCCCUUAGGUGUCCCACCCUGGAUGAGAAUUUUUCAUUUCAUUAUGAUAAUUUAAUUAGAUUUCUGAGCUUUCAUCUUUCAUCAUCAGUCUUUUAGUGGUUAAAGAGAAUGGGAUCUUUUAUUUUAACUGAGAUGGUUCUUUUUGUGAUGCUUUAAAAAAAUUCCAAAUAGUUGCUGUUGGUUUUAUAAGACCACUGAUUGUUUUUCUGCUGUUUUAAAGCUAGUAUACAAUUUGAAAGUCUGUUUUUAAGUGGUUAAUCAUUUUUGAAAGAGAUUAGAAAGUUUAUGCAAUGAAAGUUGAAACAUAAAAGUAUCCUGUUCAGCAGCCUAAUUACUUUAAUUGCACAAAGUUACAAUUCCUUCAUUAAACUGAAAAAGCAAUUGGUAAUCUUAUGUUGUUCAAUGCAACUAUUCAAUUCAAGUUAUUAAUGUUUUACUUUCGAAAUGUUAUUUACCCACAGAGAAUCCACUUUGUCACAUCAGGGUUUUAAAGUAAUACUUUAAGUGGUUAGCAUAUGUACCUUUUCACAGUGCCUUGAAGUUUUUAUAACAUUUUAUCAGAUUAAGUUUAAUUAGUAUAAUAUUCCUGACUUGAAAAAUUAAUUAAAAUAAUCACCCAUUUUAGAAACGUUAAGAGUAUAUUUAUUAGGUGCUGCCUCCAUUGUUUGUGAUCACUAGUUUAUACCUAAGGGAGACCUAAAGCAGCAGAGAAAUGAAAAGUGAAAUUUAUUUGUGAUCAAUACUCUUGUGUUUUUUUGCCCAAGAUAUUUAUUCAAAUUGCAUGUAUGGAUAUCUGUGACUGCUCUUUAUUCAACUAGAAAUUGAAAACAUUGAUAAUAGUUUUAUUAACACUGGCCACUCAUUUGUCAAACUGUGAAAAGUCUAGACUUUUGUUAUGCUUGUAACUGGCAUUCUAUGUUAAAAAAUGUUUAUUGGUUUUAUUCAUUUAAAUAAAAUGUGUAAUUCUUUUUUUUAAUAAAGUGAAACUGAAUUGAAA